AUGAUUGACCUCGUCGUAGAAGAACAACUGGAUGAGCUCGACCCCCUCCGGCACCUUCGCGACGACCCCGACCUCGACGCUGACCGCGCAGGCAUCGUGCCGGCCCAACCGCCGUCCAUCCUCGGCCAGACCAUCGGGCUCGUGUUCGCCGGCCCAUCUGCAGGGGAGGUCGACGGUGGUGAUGUCGCGAUUACGCUUCUGGUGGAUGCGUCCCCGGGGUGCGGCGGGAUUGCUUGGCCCGCAGGGGAGGUGCUCUCGCGGUACAUCGCGCGCAGAGGCUCGCUCGAAGGCCGGACUGUGCUAGAACUCGGAAGUGGGACGGGCCUUGUAGGGCUCGUCGCGGGGAAGAUGGGUGCAGAGGUGUGGAUCACGGACCAGGCACCGCUUCUUCCUAUCAUGCAACGCAAUGUAACCACGAACGACCUCUCCUCGCGUGUGCAUGUCGCCGAGCUGGAUUGGUCUGGCAGGGGCUCACCGCUCCCACAGGACAUCCCGCGCCCAUCUCUAAUCCUCGCCGCUGACUGUGUCUACUUUGAGCCUGCAUUCCCGUUGCUCGUACAAACUCUCGCCGAGCUCGUCCCGCGUGGCUGUUACGCUGAUUACGGCGACAAUGUAGAGGUGCUGUUCUGCUACAAGAAGCGGCGAAAGGCCGACAAGCGGUUCUUCACGCUGUUGAAGAGGGAGUUUACUUGGGCUGAGGUCACGGACGACCCGGACCGGGAAGUGUAUGCUCGCGAAGCAAUAUCGCUCCUGCGGCUCACGCGGAAAUGCUGA